AUGAUUAUACCUGAACAUAUAAAAAACCUUGAUCAUCAAACUCAACCGCAACAAUCAUGUCAACUUUGUUUAAAAUUUCUCCAAUAUUUUAUCGAUCACGUCCGAGACCGAGACAUCCGAGAUGAAGUUCAGAAUGAAAAAAAUUAUUUACAAUGUUCUGAAUGUAACUACAAAGUAUUUAAUGAUGCAUUCGCAAUGCAUCAGCACAAACGCGAUAAACAUGGUAUAGCCGUAUGUAAAGUAUGUGGAAAAGAAACCGGAGGUUUUAAGAAGUUUUUAUGUGAAGACCACGAUACCGACCAAGAAAAAAAAGGAAGAAGAAA